AUGUCUGAUUUCGAAAAUGCUUCGCGGGGCUUCUUGGGCACUGUUGAACCAUGCACCAUUAAGACCGAGGCUGGGCGCACGGCCUGGAAUGCCCAAGACUAUGCAUUUCUACAGGGUAGUUGUCCGGAUACCGUGAAUUCGAAGCUGUGGCGGCAGGGUCUUCUCACUUAUCCCCAUGGCCUAUUCGAAGUUACAAAGGGUAUCUACCAAGUGCGUGGCUUCGACCUCUCGAACAUGACACUAGUGGAGGGAAACAAGGGUGUCAUUGUGAUUGAUCCUCUGGUGUCCAAUGAAUGUGCUGCUGCUGCCCUGUCCCUGUACAGGAAACACCGUGGUGAACGACCUCUCACUGGUCUCAUCUACUCCCAUUCUCAUAUAGACCAUUUCGGCGGUGCAUCCGGAGUCCUGCCCCAGGGCAAGGAGGAUACCAUUCCCAUCAUUGCCCCAGAAGGAUUCAUGGAAGAAGCCACGAGCGAAAACAUCUACGUCGGGCCUGCUAUGCGCCGUCGGGCUAGGUACAUGUACGGCUCUAGUCUACCGAGGAGCGCGGAAGGCCAAGUUGGCUGCGGAUUGGGACUGGCGACGUCCCAGGGCACCACUUCCCUGAUUCCGCCCAACAUCUUGGUUUCGGCCACUGGCGAGGAAAAGACUAUCGACGGCGUCCGCAUCAUCUUCCAAAUGGUACCCGGGACAGAGGCGCCUUCCGAAUUCAACUUCUACUUCCCAGAUACACAGGCUCUUUACAUUGCCGAGUGCGCCACGCAUAAUAUGCACAAUAUCAUCACUUUGCGCGGUGCGCUUGUCCGCGAUGCCAAGGCAUGGUCGCAUUACCUCGAUGAGAGUAUCGCUCUAUUCGGCGAUAAGUCCGCCGUACUUCUAGCCGGACACCAUUGGCCAACAUGGGGCCAUGAGGAAAUCAACCGCAUGAUCACCGAGCAGCGCGACAUGUACGCCUUCAUGCAUGACCAGACAGUACGUCUAAUGAACGACGGCCUGACGGGUGUUGAAAUUGCCGAGAUCUUGAAACUGCCCCCGACUCUCGAUAAUGCGUGGCAUCUGCAAGGGUACUACGGCUCGCUUAAUCACAAUGUCAAGGCUAUCUACCAACGCUACAUGACUUGGUUCGACGGGAACCCUGUCAACCUCUGGAAACAUCCCCCCGUGGAAGAGGGCAAGCGGUAUAUCACUUGUAUGGGUGGGAUUGACCGGUGUGUCACUUUGGCGGAGGGCUAUGCUUCUCGUGGUGAUCUGCGCUUUGCGGCUACACUGUUGGGACAUGCCAUAGCCGCAGAGCCCAAACACGUCGGAGCGCGCACUUUGCUUGCCUCCGUCUUUACUAAACUGGGACACGGUUCUUUGAAUGCGACUUGGAGGAACUUUUAUCUUACUGGGGCUCAGGAUCUGCAGGAGACUAAAAGUGGAAAUCAAUUUGUGAAUAUGGCAACCCCUGCAAUGGGUCCGCUGUUGACCAUCGAACAGUGGUUCUCUGGGCUUUCGGUUCAGAUUGAUGGGCCAAGGGCAGCGAGCGAGUCGCUGGUUAUUGACGUUGAGGUCACGGAUCAAGAUCAAGCGUGGCGUCUCAUUCUUAGCAACGGUGCUCUGUCCUAUAGAUUGUUGUCCGACAAGGCGGUACCCUUGGAGAAAGUGGGACUGCGGUUGAAGCUGACGAAGGAAGAGUUGCGACAACUUCUUCUUGGUCAGAUGGCGACUGAAUCUAGGACAGUUGAAGGAGAUCCUAGGUUGUUCCAGAGGCUUUUGCGAUUCUUCCCAUGGGGAGCAAGAUCCGGGACAGACAGCCACUUGUGA